UGCGUUUGAAGUCAACACGCUUGCGUGUGAGCAGACAAUGGCUGUCAGGGAAUUGAUCCAUUACCUAAGGGGAGUGGAGUUUAGUUUGGGUGAGACGAAUGCGAUGAGCGCCACGAUCUUUCUUCGGGUGUUCUUGGCUCUCGGAUCCAUUGCUUCGGUAUGUUGCGUCCGCUCUAGCGAUCUCCAGAUCCUGCAUAGUUUUAGUCAGCAGCUGGUAGACUCAAAUGCGUCGCUUACAAGCUGGAAGUUAGAAUCGCCAUGCUCGUCCUGGGAAGGCGUGUUGUGUCGCGACGAUGGCGUCACAGUGACAGCGGUCUUGCUAUACAACAAGUUCUUGACGGGUCAGAUAUCUCCUUCGCUGGGCCACCUGAAAUUCCUGCAACGCUUGGAUCUCUCCCAGAAUGGCUUGAGUGGACACAUACCUGUGGAGCUCUUGAAACUCACCGAGCUGACGAUGCUAAGCCUUUCCAGCAAUCAGCUGUCUGGUGAAAUUCCCAGGCACAUGGAAAUGCUCGAGAACCUGGAAUAUCUAUACCUGUCAAGGAACAACUUGAGCGGGAGCAUACCUCGUAGCUUGGGAAGCUGUCGAAGGUUGAAAGAGCUGGAUGUUUCUGGAAAUUACCUCGAAGGAAAUGUGCCAGUUGAGCUUGGACAGCUUAGACGACUGGAAAAACUUGGCGUAGCCAUGAAUAAUCUCAGUGGAGGCAUCCCGGAUUUUACAAACUGCACGAAUCUCACGGACCUGGCGCUGUCGUUUAACAACUUAGCAGGCAAUGUACAUCCAAGCGUGGCAACGCUGCCCCGGCUCCAGAACCUAUGGUUGAAUGACAAUCAGCUCAGUGGGGACCUUCCAGUAAAACUUGGAAGACACAGCAACUUACUAGUUUUAUACCUGUCCAGCAACCGGUUCACAGGGACUAUUCCCGAGGAUCUGUGCGUCAAUGGCUUUCUGGAGAGAGUAUACUUGCACGACAAUAAUCUCCAAGGCGAAAUCCCACCAAAGCUCUUGACAUGUCCAAAGCUAGAACGGCUGUUGCUGCAAAACAACAUGCUCACGGGUCAAGUCCCGGAAGAGGUCGGCCAGAAUCAAGUGUUGAAUUACCUGGAUCUCUCCAACAACCGGCUCAAUGGUUCUCUUCCAGCUUCGCUGAAUGACUGCAAAAAUCUGACGACGCUUUUCCUCGCAUGCAAUCGCAUUUCUGGCGACCUUAUCAGCGGGUUUGAGCAGCUCCGCCAGCUGAACUUGUCGCACAACAGGCUCACUGGACUCAUUCCUCGACACUUCGGUGGAUCGGAUAUCUUCACGCUGGAUCUUAGUCACAACUCCCUUCACGGAGAAAUUCCUCCAGACAUGCAAAUACUGCAAAGACUGGAGAAACUCUUUCUCGAUGGAAAUCAGCUGGAAGGAACCAUCCCGCGAUUUAUAGGAACUUUCAGCAAGCUUCUCGCUCUUGUCCUGAACAACAACAAGUUUACAGGCAGUAUUCCCGGUGAUCUUGGAGGCUUACAUUCACUCAGACGGCUCGACCUGAGUAGCAACAGACUGUCGGGUACAAUACCGGCUCGGCUCGAGAACUUGAGAAUGCUGGAAGACUUGGAUCUGUCUGCAAACAAUCUGGAAGGCAACAUUCCUUCCCAGCUUGAACGGCUAACAAGCUUGGAGCACCUCAACGUGUCAUAUAAUAACCACUUACUUGCACCAAUCCCGUCGGCCUCAAGCAAAUUCAACAGUUCUUCCUUCCUAGGCCUCAGAAAUCGUAACACCACCGAGCUCGCCUGCGCAAUAAACUGUAAACAUAAGAACAAGCUUUCUACAACCGGUAAAGCAGCCAUAGCAUGCGGGGUAGUAUUUAUAUGCGUUGCUCUAGCAAGCAUCGUUGCAUGCUGGAUCUGGAGACGUAGAAACAAAAGGCGAGGAACCGACGACAGAGGCAGGACUCUCUUGCUGGAAAAGAUCAUGCAAGUGACAAACGGAUUGAAUCAAGAGUUCAUCAUAGGACAGGGUGGCUAUGGAACUGUUUACCGAGCAGAAAUGGAGUCGGGAAAAGUUCUUGCUAUCAAGAAGCUCACUAUCGCAGCCGAGGACAGCUUGAUGCAUGAGUGGGAAACCGCUGGUAAAGUCAGGCACCGAAACAUCCUCAAAGUUUUAGGCCACUACAGACACGGAGGAUCAGCACUUCUCGUUUCCAACUUCAUGACAAACGGAAGCUUGGGGAGCCUGCUACACGGCCGCUGCUCAAACGAGAAGAUCUCGUGGCAACUUCGUUACGAGAUUGCUCUAGGCAUUGCUCACGGCCUCUCAUACUUGCACCACGACUGCGUGCCAAAGAUAAUUCACAGGGACAUAAAAGCCAACAACAUUCUCUUGGACAAAGACAUGGUUCCAAAAAUUGCAGACUUUGGCUUGGCCAAGCUCAUCGAGAAAGAAGCGGAGACGAAGUCCAUGUCCUACAUCGCAGGCUCGUAUGGAUACAUUGCUCCAGAGUAUGCUUUCACGCUCAAAGUGAACGAGAAAAGCGACAUAUACAGCUUUGGAGUGAUACUUCUCGAGCUGCUGCUACGAAAGACACCGCUCGAUCCACUCUUCUCAGAGACCGAUGGAAACAUGACGGUGUGGGUAAGAAACGAGACGAGAGGAUCAUCCACAGGCUUGGAAAGCGUGGCAGAUCCAGAGAUGUGGAGGGAAGCCUCCCGGAUCGAGAAAAAGGAGAUGGAGAGGGUUUUCCAGAUUGCGCUGCUGUGCACAAAGGGCAAUCCAGCGGACAGACCCACAAUGCAGCAAAUUGUGGAAAUGCUGAGGACGACGCCAAUCCAUACCUGAGAAGCGCUCCU